AUGACUGAUGAUUCAGUCCUGCUCGAAUCGGCUGCUUCCGUGUCUGUGAGUUUUGACGCCUUUACGUGGGUAGAAGAGGCUUUAUCCUCUCGUUCUGGGGAUGCAUCAGCUCUUUCUUCUUUAGUACCACAACUUGCUUUCCGUUCUCAGACGCUGGCUCAGACGUUACACACAGCAUUGCAACACAUUUCGCUCUCGAAUCCUACACUGCAGACGCGUCUGCAGGAGCUACAGCAGGUCACCACACCGCUUGGUAAAUGCCUCGACGAUAUACAUGAUGAUGCCUGUAUCUCUGGAUCGAUCUCGACCACGUCUUCUACCACUUCUGGCCAAGAUUUGCACCAGCUAGUGAUGCUGCACGAGACCAAGUGCAGACUCCAAAGCUGUUCGCAAGCACUUGUUGAGGCUACAAAAUGGGAGCACAAUGUCCGAGCGUGUUUUUCUAUAGUAGAAGACCCGUUGCUAUUGUCAUACGCUAUGGAGAGUGAUACUUUGAAACUCACGAACAGCGAUGCUGCUAAUUUGGCGGACCGAGUACGAGAAAUGCAGACAAGUCUGAACAUUUUAAAGGACCUACCAGGUGCUUGUGAACGCAAGCAAACAAUGCAGAGACUAUGUGAGCAGAUAGAGGCGGCAGUAUUGCCGAGACUUGCUUUGAAGUUACGGGAGGAUGAUCUGGGAGAUGUCACGCCGUUACGCUGGUGUCUUGAUGUGCUUCAUAGUGUUGACAGAGCUCAAGUUAUGAGAGAAGAAUUUUGCCGGGCAAGACUUGCAAAAGUGCAUCGUAUAUGGUAUGCAUACGGUGACGAAAUACUGACUGAAUUAGACGAUACGGACGACAGAAGAAAAAACGUCUUUUCAAAUUGGCUCGACAUGUUUUACAGAGACGUACUGCGGAUGCUGCAACGCGAAAGUUGCAACGCUCGGGAAGUUUUUGGCGCCGAUAUGUUGAUUGGUAUUGUGUUUGAGCUUUUAGUUAACACAUUGGAACCCCUCACCAAGUCAUUCCGAGACCGUCUUGUGCAUAGUGGUCCUUCAGGCUCGGACUUUUGUCUUGGCCGGCUAUUGCGCUGCUUCCGCAUGACGCGAGGAUUCGCUGUCCAGUUAGUGCAGCUUUUUAGGUCACUAGAAAGUGAACUUGAUGUAACUUUAGCUGAAAGCGACGACAGAUCUGCAAGCGUCAAAGGCAUUCUACGCGUGGUUUUCGAGCCGUACCGACUAUAUUUCACAGAAUAUGCGCACUUCACUAGCAACGCCCUUACUGAUGCGCUACUAUGUCUCGUACCUUUAUCCAACGUGACAAAUAAUGGAGUGCUAGAUAGCAAGGGAUACGUACACGACGAGAGGGAUGCAGCAGCCAUUGCACCGCUCGAGGAUUUCUCCCAACAACUUGAGGAGGCAUCUGAAGAAGUUAGUAUGCUUCUGGACGAGAGUCUACAGCAAUGUUAUGAAUUUACAAGUGGGGUUGCUUUUCCGGAAGCCGUAGAAGCCAUCGGCGCGGCAGUGCAGCAGUUUACGUUGUCGUUAAGCGUGACGAUGACAGGAAUCCAAAAGUGCUGCAAAGCUAAAUCUAGUUUGAGAGGACAAGCACCAGGAUCAUUGGUUGCUUUGCCCGAUUGGAGUCAUUUCCAUGCGUCUUUAGCCCUUUUGAAGGCAUGCGGUACCCUUGAAAGCAGAAUUUGUGCAAUUGACGGUCGUCUGCGCGUUCGCAUGCGUGAGCAACUUGCCCAGUUCUUUGGCGAGACGUCAGGGCCUUUAUCGCCGCGCAGUCGUUUCAAGAAAAUACAGGAUGAACAAAGUAUUGCGCUAGCUGACCUUGUGGACGCAACAAAACUUGUAGCAUCUGUGUCAAAAACAUGGCUUCACGACGAGGGCCCAACUCGACAAUCCCAAUUUCAUCAGUUUGAGAUGGAGUUGCUUGAUCCUUCAGCGGAAUCUUCAGGGCUUGAUACUGAUGUAUCUCGCUACCCAACUGCAAAGAUGCUCGAUGAAGCUCAGCGUGCUGUGCGUUCUUGGACAAGGGAGGUGCAGCUUCUUACGCACAACACCAUAUUUCUACCCAUCGCUCGAAUACUCGACACAUUACCCCUCAAUGAGAAUUGGUGCAAGGUGCCAGAUGCGGCUUUAGGAGACCUACCGGCCUUCAGCAUGCUCCCACAAGACUACAUUACAAUGGUGGCUGACCUCUUGCUGUCACUUCUCCCACAACUUCAGCCCUUCGCGGAAAGCAGCAGUCUCGGGAGCGCCGCUGUGGCCUCACGUGGAGCACACACAACGUGCGUUCAGGGUGAGUGGACUCGUCUAGGUCAAAUGCUGGAAUUGGCACCCCCUGAAGUCUUGGCGUGUCAGCAAAUUUUUGGUUCGGAUGUCUCGGAAUUUGUUCCGACAGCGACAGAAUUCGUGGACCUGUGGACGGCGGCAGUGGCCAGCAGCACGCUAGCUGCAUUCUUGCGUACGAUGUGCUCCAUCUCGAUGUUGUCGGAGCUGGGUUCGCAGCAGUUAGCUGCUGAUCUCGGUUACUUUCACAACGUGUUGAGCGCCGUGGGCGGUGAGGACAAUUUCAUAGUAAAUGGCCUUCGUUGUGCAUUAGAGAUGGACCUGCAAACUCAUAUUAAGCACGCCAAAGAGCUACGGGCUGACCAUGAUAGUCCUGAAAAGCAAGUGCUGGCCAAAUUGAACGACCGCGUCGUUGCUAUGCGUCAGCGCGCGCUACAACAAUCGCAUCUACCGUCUCUAGCGACUGCUGGCUCCACGUCCGCUUCCUCCCAACUGUUCUAG